CGAAUGACUCAAAUUCAGAUGAUAUUUGGUGUGUUUUCGGUAAAGUUUAUUAUGAUUCGAUAGAUUUUCAAUUUUUUCCAGCUUUUUUCCAUUGAAAAAUUUAAUCAAGAUUUGAAAUUAAUUGAAAACAAAAUUUCAUCUUGUCAUCUGAUUCCAAUUUUUGUUGUUGUUGUUGUUGUUUGAUCCCUUACGGCUGCAAUGAGCAUCACUGGUUUUAGCUAUUAUUUCGUUAUCGUUGGUCGUUCGGAUAAUCCAUUAUUUGAAUUGGAAUAUUCAACAAAAGGUGCUGAUCGUAAUUUUGAUCAUCGUUAUUUAACACAAUUUGUGGCUCAUGCUGCACUUGAUCUGGUUGAAGAACAUUCAUGGACAACACCACAUAUGUAUUUAAAAUGUGUGGAUAAAUUCAAUGAAUGGUUUGUUACGGCAUUCGUUGGUGGUAAUUCACGUAUAAAAUUUCUACUAUUGCACAAUGCACCACGUAUUGAUGAGAAUAAUAUUAAGAAUUUUUUUCUCGAAAUCUAUGAAUUAUAUGUAAAAUUUGCAUUGAAUCCAUUAUAUGUUCAUCAUACACCUAUACAUUCAAAAGUGUUUGAAAAAAAAUCAUUUAAUAUAGCAAAAAAAUAUUUACCAUAAUAAUAAAUUGGAAAAAUUUUCAUU